AACUUGGGACUGAGCACCACUCGCUACAGACACACUCACACACAGUGUGCCUAAGCAAAGAAACGCUCCAGCGCCAAGUCUCUCAGACUCCUGAAGUAGGAGCGACUCAGUAGGAGCUUCUGUGCCAGUUAUCAAAGGAGUAGAGACGCUCCCUCAGGAAUUGAACGCUUGCAUCGACCGGGCAAAAAGGCUCCAGAUUAUGGACUGUCUCGUCAUGCAGCGACAGAGGGAUAUGGAGCUUCUCUGAAAGGAUUCAGCAAUGUCAGUGAAAGGAACUCUGAACUAACAACGUUUACUGGCUUCCUGCAGUUUGCAUUUGAAAUGCACUGACACUGCAAUUUGCUGUAACGCCGCUUUUCAGCGUUGUUUUUAGUACAUGCACAGCCGAGAGUUUUGUGGGAAUGUUACAGCCUGAGACUUUUUUGUAAAGAACUGCUCUGCGUUUUGGAACAUCCUCUGGAAAGAUACAUGGCUGUUAUUUCAUAAAUUGAGAUUGCAUCCCACUGCGCAUAUUUCUCUAAAUUUUUGGACAUUUUCAGAGAGGUGCACAUAUCGACGGCUGGAAUACCACAAGGGGACUGACUGCAUAGACCAUUUCCUCAGUCCAUGGAUUGUGCGCCUUGGGACCUUGUCAAAACUGAGAGCGUCAGGCGACGUUAAGAGAAGCCACGUUAAUAAAAGCCCUGCGUAAAAAUAACAUUGGCCAAGGCAGCCCUCAUCGCCGGGCGCGUGACAUUUAAAACUUGGUGAAGUACUCUUUUGUGCGCCCUUCUCUCUCGGGACGCUCCGGAUCUAUUCUGUCUCUUUAGAAAACACUUCAUUCCAUGCAGCUCUCGCCUCGACCGCUGUCAUCCAGUGUAGACAGUUCGUCGUGGCUUCGAGUCCCCGGGGUAACCAUGACAACCGAAAGAAACCCAAAGUGAAUCCAAGGGAGCGGGGUGAGGCCGGAGAGAGCGUGAAUAGAGUUUUCCCCAUUUUGUUUCGUGCUUUUUUUGUUUAGACUAAACACUUUUUGCAAAGCGGGGGCACCGCUUCGCACUGCAGGGUUGCAUCAGCGGGUAAAUUGCAAAGUUGAAGGAGCCCUAAAAAGCAAAGCACUCCGCUCUAUGUCAUUCAAACCCGACGUGGUCUAUUAAAAGUAUCGCCUUGCUGGUGACUGAACUUCUACUAUUUAUGAAGCCCCGGGCUACUCAUUGCAGAGAAUACAGCAACCGGGAAAAGAAGUGAAUAUUAUUUACGCGAGAAGAGCCGGUGCGUAAAACAAGAGGAAUAAUGGGCCUCUCACACACGCUACUAUUUUACGUGCUGGUGUGCGUUCACCUUGGAGUUUCCCAGCAUUACCUUCGCCUCCGUCCAUCGCCCAGUGAUCACCUCCCCGUGCCCGACCUUAAGGAGGACCCCGACCCGGAGUACGACCCCCGGGAGCAGGACUUGGCCGAGAGGACUCUGAGGAAAAAGCUCGGCAGUAACUUUGACCCCAACUUCAUGUCCAUCAGCUCGCCCAUGCUGGUGAACCUCUCCGCGUCAGACAACCAGGUGAAGCUGCAGGGGCCCAUGCCUAGCGAGAUUAAAAAGCUGGACCUCACAGAGACCCCCUAUGGAAAGCGGGUAAAAGUGGGCAAGAAAGCCCGCAGGAAAUUUCUGCAGUGGCUGUGGACCUAUACGCACUGCCCAGUGGUGUACACCUGGAAGGAUUUGGGCGUGAGGUUCUGGCCACGUUACAUCAAGGAGGGAAACUGUUUUUCUGAGCGCUCGUGCUCCUUCCCUGAGGGGAUGUCUUGCAAACCCGUCAAGUCAAUCAACAAGAUUUUCCUCCGGUGGUAUUGCCAAGGCUUUCUAAGACAGAAAUACUGUACGUGGAUACAGGUGCAAUACCCAAUCAUCUCAGAGUGCAAGUGUUCGUGCUGAUUUUCUCUAAGGAAGUAGUGGUGGUCGGGGGGGUUGGGAGGGUGGGGGGCGGGUGGACUGGAAAUACGGUUUCUAUUGCACUGUUAACUCUCUACAGAGGUGGGCACCAUAGCAAAUCUAUUUUUUUAUAUAGCAUUUAAGUGAAAUACCAACAUUGUACAUAUUUAAGAAAAAUGCAGCUAUUUUUUCUAAUUGAACCAGGACCAUAUUUUAUUCUCAACCCUGAAACGUGUUUUUGGGGGAACACGAGCACUUCAUAUGGAAGAGCUUUUUUUUGAUAUUUUUAUGAGACAUUGAAGAUGGAAUGCAUAUGCUACACUUCUCCAAGAGGUGAACUUUUUUUCAACUGAACAUUGAUGCUGACUGUUAUUUCACUGCAAUGCUGCCUAGAGUUUUUGUAUAAUAUUAAUAUCAAUAAUAAUUAAAUUGUAAAAAAAAAAGUUGAGGUUAAAGAUAUAUAUAAAGGCGUGAACUCAGCUUUUUUGGAAUACAUAGUAUUGUAGAAAUAAACAAAUCUGUACGUUUUAUUUAUUAUUUUAACGAUUGUGAGUAUAGAGCAUAAGGAAAGAGAAUAGCAGAGUAUACCAGAAAAAAUAUGGGAGAUGUCUACUUGAAUAUUUCUAAAAAUAAAAAAAAAAUUUAACAAAAUAAAUAAAAAGUAAAACAUAUCAGUGUACAUGUUAUGUUUACACGUUUUAGCAAUAAAGUCUAUCUUUUCAACGUG